UCCAAAGAAGCAUCCGCUCCUCUUUCUUGCUCUUCUCUGUACUCGGCUACGCCGAUAAUCCCAAUGAUAUGUGUUAAAUUCUAGAGGUCUUCUUCCUUUACUACCUUCUUUUUUUUCUUUUCUUUUUAAACAGGAGAGCUUCUUUGACACAAAGGCAUCCGCUUCGUACUUGGCGAUGAAUCCUUUUUCCAUUGCCCUGUAUCAGCUGGGUACCUUGCCAGCAAGCGAAGUGGAAAGGAAGAUGAAAGCUUGUUCUGUCAGACCGAACUCCAUAGCACGCUCUCCGUAGGGGGCGAACUUAGCUGCACUGCCAGAAAGCCAAAGGCUCAACUUGUGGGACGCUAACGUGAGGGCGGUUGGCUGAAGCAAACGGUGCAGAAGAAGGAGAGGGGAAAACAACUUAAAAAUAUGUCUGCAACAUCCAGUUCUGUGUUUUUGAACAAAACUACAUUUUUUACGGAAAUCUACGAAAGAAUGGAUUCAAAUGAUGCCCAAAGGCAAAGCAGCGUACUUUUGUUUUGCGUGUCAUUUAUUAUCGCCUUACUAACUUUGGUGGGCAGCAUAUAUCUGUUAUUAUCUUUGCUGAGAAUUCGGACUAAAAGCUCUCUGUCGCUCAUCGUGGCUGCGCUGUCCAUCGAUGACCUUAUUAGUGUGGUGCCAGUAUCGGUUUUUAUGUUUAUGCAGUGGAGGGAAAAUCAUCAGACAAAUACACUGUGCACUUCAUCUGCACUUUUGUUCCUCUUCCAAGGAUUAUCUAGCAAUUUAAAGGCAGGCUUGAUUGCAUCGUACACUUUCUAUGUGACCAAAUUUUUCGGAGCUUUUCAAGCGGCCAGGCGACCGCUGAGGAUCCUGUGGUCCGUCAUUGCGAUAUGGAUUACUAGUCUUACUGUCAGCAUCCUACCUUUAUGUGGCUGGGGCUCAUUCACCCGAAAAUCCUGGGGUUGCUUCCCAGACACCCUCAGUUCCUAUGUUUUACUCAUUUUUGUUUUGUACGCCUUCAGCUUCUGCCUUGUGCUUAUUUUUUCUGUCCCUCUGUCAUAUCGGCUGCUGUGUUCGGACGAGCAGCAGAAAGCCUUUGACCCCAGUUAUUGUGAGAUGACCGGUGUUCCGACGUCUGAUGGGGUCACGCCGAUUAGCAAUGUGUCGAUUUUUUCUAGGGAAGACAGCACUGAAAAAAGUUUCAGGAAGGAGAAGGAAAUUUUCAGCCUUGAACCUGGACUGUUAAAGAGCAACAUCGAGAAUCAUACACGUCCGGGGACAGAUGCCUCCAGGCUUCAAAGAAAUGAUCACAUCAUGACCAAGUCUCCCGUUUUCUUUGCACAAAAGAGAUUUGCCUUGAUUCUGUGCAUGGCCAGAAUAAUUUUAUGGAUGCCUAUGAUGAUACAGUUGCUGGUUGGUCAUGUCAUUCAUUUCAGCAGCCCCUCCUUCGAGACGCUGAGUUUUGUUCUGACUCUGCUGUCUGCGGCGGUCACGCCCGUGUUUGUUCUGUCUGAGCGCUGGAUCCACCUGCCCUGUGGCUGCUUUAUUAACUGCAAGAGGACAGCAUACACAAUGUCUCCAGACUCGGCUCGGGUGAAAAAGCGAGGAUUUCAGUUCAAUCUGUCAUUCCAGCAAGGGCAUGGGAUUUAUAAAAUAACUGAACCAAAUAAUUUCAGGGCUGAAAAAUGUCCGCCCUACUUUAAUCUUACGAACCAUAACUCAGAGAAGCAAAAAUCUCAUCAAAUCGAGGCCUGUCGACUGUCCAGACAAGGCAGCCUGGAAUUCAGAACCACGGCUUUGAAGGACAGCUCCUUACAGACAGACUUUCAGAAAAGUCUAACAGUGGAGGCGAAACCUGAAAGCGUGAGAGAAAGGGCUGGUGGAUCUCAUAGCUUUCACUUCAGCAUGACUGGAUCAUCAGUCCAAGAAGAAAACAGCCUGGAGGACUCUCCUGUAUUUGAGGGUCCAGACAGGAGACUGUCCCACGAAGAGUGUCGAAAACUGGAACUCACAGACUGGGAAUGGUGUCGAAGUAAAUCGGAAAGAACUCCUCGACAGAGAUCCACAGGAGGAUUAGCUAUACCUCUUUGUGCAUUCCAAGGAACAGUAUCACUUCAUGCACCAACUGGCAAAACUUUGUCUCUUUCCACCUAUGAAGUCAGUAGUGAUGGACAAAAAAUUACUCCAACGGCUAAAAAAAUUGAGGUUUACCGUUCCAAGAGCGUGGGCCAUGAGCCAAACAUUGAUGAGACUCCCAAUGGCGCUAUGGACACGAACGUGAAAAUCCAUUUAGAAGUACUUGAAAUCUGCGACAAUGAAGAAGCCAUGGACACAGUGUCUAUAGUUAGUAAUAUAAGCCAAUCCUCAGCCCAUGCCAGAUCACCUUCUUUGCGUUAUUCUAGAAGAGAAAAUAGAUUUGUCUCCUGUGACUUGGGUGAAACUGCUUCAUAUUCUCUUUUUAUCCCCACAAACAAUCCUGAUAGUGAUAUCAAUAUAUCAAUUCCUGACACUGUGGAGGCUCACAGACAGAACAGUAAAAAGCAGCACCGGGAUAAGUCUGGUUACCAAGAGGAAAUACAAUUACUUAAUGAGGCUUACAGAAAACAGGAAGAAGACUCGAAUAAAUGUAGGCAAGAGGUCAUCUGAAAAACACUAUAGUACUGCAUGCACCAGAGCAACAUUGUUUAGAUCUAAUUGUGACCCAUCAAUUUAAUAGCUUUUUCAUUGUUGAAUAUUGACUGCUAAUGGGCCUAGUUAUCUUACAUAAAAUUGUACACAUUGUUCACUUUGUUCAGGUGGUUCACAGGUAUCCUGAAAUAUUUUAAUAAGAGGUUAAUAUUUUUAAAUAUGCAUGUGAAAAAGAAAAUUUGAUUUUAUUAGGUCUAUUUUAACCGUUUCAACUUUUAACCUUUUUUAAGUUGUCUG